AUGUUUAACGAAAAGGGCACCAGCCUGACCGUGGAGGAAGAACGCUUCCUGGAUUCUGCGGAAUAUGGCAACAUCCCCGUGGUGCGGAAAAUGCUGGAGGAGUCCAAAACCUUGAACUUUAAUUGCGUUGAUUACAUGGGACAAAAUGCCUUGCAGCUAGCAGUGGGGAAUGAGCAUUUGGAAGUGACUGAACUCCUUCUGAAAAAGGAGAAUCUGGCUCGAGUUGGAGAUGCGCUGCUGUUGGCCAUCAGUAAGGGAUACGUGCGCAUUGUGGAAGCAAUAUUGAACCAUCCAGCCUUUGCACAAGGGCAGCGUCUCACACUAAGCCCCCUUGAGCAGGAACUACGCGAUGAUGAUUUUUAUGCUUAUGAUGAAGAUGGAACUCGGUUUUCUCAUGACAUCACCCCCAUAAUACUCGCUGCUCAUUGCCAAGAGUAUGAAAUUGUUCAUAUCUUGCUUCUGAAAGGGGCACGGAUAGAAAGGCCCCAUGACUACUUCUGCAAGUGCAAUGAAUGUGCCGAGAAGCAGAGGAAAGAUUCCUUCAGUCACUCUCGAUCGAGAAUGAAUGCCUACAAAGGAUUAGCAAGUGCCGCUUAUUUGGCUCUUUCUAGUGAAGACCCCGUUCUUACUGCUUUAGAACUAAGCAAUGAAUUGGCAAGACUAGCCAACAUUGAAACUGAAUUUAAGAAUGAUUACAGGAAGUUAUCUAUGCAAUGCAAGGAUUUUGUUGUGGGUGUACUGGAUCUCUGCAGGGAUACAGAAGAAGUGGAGGCUAUUCUGAAUGGAGAUGUGAACAUAAAAGUGUGGCCUGAGCACCCCCGCCCAAGCCUGAGCAGAAUUAAACUUGCCAUUAAAUAUGAGGUCAAAAAGUUUGUUGCUCAUCCCAACUGUCAGCAGCAACUGCUCACCAUGUGGUAUGAAAAUCUCUCAGGCUUACGUCAGCAGUCUAUAGCUGUGAAAUUCUUGGCUGUCUUUGGAGUCUCGGUAGGCCUUCCUUUCCUCGCCAUAGCAUACUGGAUCGCUCCCUGCAGCAAGCUGGGACGGAUCCUCCGAAGCCCUUUCAUGAAGUUUGUGGCACAUGCAGUUUCUUUUACAAUCUUCCUUGGACUGUUAGUAGUGAAUGCCUCAGACCGGUUUGAAGGAGUGAAAAAUCUUCCCAACGAGACCAUCACGGAUCAUCCCAAACAAAUAUUUAGAGUAAAAACUACUCAGUUCUCAUGGACAGAAUUGCUAAUCAUGAAGUGGGUUUUAGGUAUGAUAUGGUCAGAAUGCAAAGAAAUCUGGGAAGAGGGUCCACGCGAAUAUGUCAUGCAUCUUUGGAACCUGCUGGAUUUUGGGAUGCUAUCUAUCUUUGUGGCAUCGUUCACUGCAAGGUUCAUGGCUUUUCUCAAAGCAACUGAAGCACAACAGUAUGUAGACCAGUACGUUCAGGAUGAUGACCUCAGUAAUGUCACCCUUCCCCCUGAAAUUGCUUACUUUACUUAUGCCAGGAACAAGUGGCUUCCCUCGGACCCUCAGAUCAUAUCAGAAGGACUAUAUGCAAUAGCUGUGGUACUCAGCUUCUCCCGCAUUGCUUACAUUCUUCCAGCCAAUGAAAGCUUUGGCCCUCUUCAGAUCUCUUUGGGAAGGACUGUGAAGGAUAUCUUCAAAUUCAUGGUCAUCUUCAUCAUGGUGUUUGUUGCCUUCAUGAUUGGAAUGUUCAACCUUUACUCUUACUACCUUGGUGCAAAAUAUAACCCAGCAUUUACAACGGUAGAAGAAAGUUUUAAAACCUUAUUCUGGUCAAUAUUUGGCUUGUCUGAAGUGAUAUCAGUGGUGCUGAAGUAUGAUCAUAAGUUCAUUGAGAAUAUUGGAUAUGUACUCUAUGGAGUUUAUAAUGUUACCAUGGUGGUAGUGCUGCUCAAUAUGUUAAUAGCCAUGAUCAACAACUCCUAUCAGGAAAUUGAGGAGGAUGCAGAUGUGGAGUGGAAAUUUGCUCGUGCCAAGCUCUGGUUAUCAUACUUUGAUGAAGGAAGGACUCUGCCUGCUCCUUUUAAUCUAGUGCCAAGCCCUAAAUCAUUUUAUUAUCUCAUAAUGAGAAUAAAAAUGUGCCUCAUAAAACUCUGCAAAUCUAAGGCCAAAAACUGUGAAAAUGAUCUUGAGAUGGGUAUGCUGAAUUCCAAGCUACGGAAAGUUCGUUUUCAGUCAAGCGCUCGAAAUUCAGAAAAUUUUACUGUGAAGAAGGCUUAUAACAAGCCCGCGAGAUAUCAGAAAAUAAUGAAGCGUCUUAUUAAGCGAUAUGUCCUGAAGGCUCAGGUUGAUCGAGAGAAUGAUGAAGUCAAUGAAGGAGAACUUAAAGAGAUUAAGCAAGAUAUUUCCAGUCUCCGCUACGAGCUUCUAGAAGAAAAGUCAGAAGCUACUGGAGAGUUAGCAAGACUAAUACAGCAGCUGAGUGACAAGUUUGGGAAGAACUUAAAUAAGGACAUUUGA